UAAAGCUAAGUGGUUAUUUAACUGUUCUCAUUUACUCGGAUUUCAUUUAUGUGAUUACUUUGAUAUGCGUUAAUCUUUCACUGCAGAGCUUAGAAUUUGAGCUCGAGUGCCGAGCGGAUGUGUAGUCAGGGUAGCAACUCGUGAGGCGGAAGUGAAGUCAUAGCGCAGCAGCAGCGGUCUGCCUCGUCCAUGUUAUUAUUGUUAUUUUGACUGGGAUGGUCGGCGGCGAAAGCCCCGGACUCCUCCGGUCUCCGACAUAAGCACACGCGGCUCACCGUCCUGGAAGACACACUGCUGUAAAGAGAGAAAAACAAAUAAAAAACAAAUCGCUGCUCGUCCGGACUUGUGUAUAUAAUUGUUGAUAUCGCGGCGGAGAUGAACAGCAUCACCAAGGGCAGAUUCGAGGUGUUCUCAAACAGUGAUGAAGCCCCAAUCAACAAGAAGCUUCCCAAAGAGCUCCUGCUCAGGAUUUUCUCCUACCUAGAUGUGGUUACUCUGUGUAGGUGUGCCCAGGUAUCCAAGGCAUGGAAUGUUCUAGCACUGGAUGGAAGCAAUUGGCAGAAGAUUGAUCUCUUCAACUUCCAAACAGAUAUUGAGGGUCGUGUGGUGGAGAACAUUUCAAAGAGAUGUGGCGGUUUUCUGAGACAGCUGAGUUUGAGAGGUUGUCUCAGUGUAGGCGAUGCCUCUAUGAAGACUUUUUCACAGAAUUGCCGUAACAUAGAGCAUCUGAAUCUAAAUGGCUGCACUAAGAUCACAGAUUCCACCUGCAUCAGCCUCAGCAAGUUCUGCUCCAAACUCCGUCACCUCGACCUCACGUCCUGUGUGUCCAUCACCAACCAUGCACUCAAGGCAUUAAGUGAGGGCUGUCGCAUGUUAGAGAAUCUGAACCUAUCUUGGUGUGAUCAAAUCACACGUGAUGGCAUUGAGGCGCUCAGCCGUGGCUGCACCAGCAUCAAAGCAUUGUUCCUUAGAGGUUGCACACAGUUGGAUGAUCCUGCACUGAAGCACCUUCAGAAGCACUGUCCUGAGCUCAUGAUAAUCAACAUGCAAUCAUGCACGCAGAUAACAGACGAGGGUUUGGUGAGUUUGUGCAGAGGCUGUCACAAGCUGCAGAUGGUGUGUGUGUCUGGCUGCAGCAACAUCACGGAUGCGUCUCUGACUGCACUUGGCCUCAACUGCCAACGGUUAAAGAUCCUGGAGGCUGCGCGCUGCUCUCAUGUGACUGAUGCUGGUUUUACUGUUCUGGCGAGGAAUUGUCAUGAUUUGGAGAAAAUGGAUUUAGAGGAAUGUAUUUUGGUCACUGACAACACACUGGUUCAGCUUUCAAUCCAUUGCCCUCGGCUCCAGGCCCUGAGCCUUUCACAUUGUGAACUGAUAACAGAUGAUGGGAUUAGACACCUGAGCAGCAGUGUGUGUGGACAGGAGCGGCUGCAAGUUGUCGAGCUGGAUAACUGCCCCUUGAUCACAGACAUCACUCUAGAGCACCUGAAGAGUUGCCAAAAACUUGAGCGCAUUGAGCUCUACGACUGCCAGCAAGUCACUCGCGCCGGAAUCAAACGUAUACGAUCUCACCUUCCUGAGAUUAAGGUCCAUGCCUACUUUGCACCAGUUACACCCCCUCCCUCGGUGCAUGGAGGGGGGCAACGUCUCUGUCGCUGCUGCGUCAUACUCUGACAGUGGAUGGAGCCUCUGAAGCAUACCAUGGAGAGUCAGUCUGUCAGUCAAACUCUAAACCACACCUUGCUCCUGCUGGCUACUCUCACUAAGCUCUACACGGAGGUGUGGCUGGGAACGGCACGGUUGGAUCAAUGAGGGUUUAUUGGGCAGCAGGAUGGAGCUACACAUAUUAUUGAAAAAAAAAUUAUCAUUCAAAAUACAAAGAAUAAUUACUAUGUAAAAUUUGACCGUUCAAAUGGAAUCCAUGAGAAGAGACUGGAAAAAGCCACUUUGUAAAAUAUUUCACAUUUGGAUUUGUAGAAAACACAUUUGUGGAUGUACUUCAAGCAGAAAGACAUCGUACUACUGGCUACAGAACCUCGUAUGGGAUGGUCACUGAGGGCUUGAUGAGAACCAGACAAUGUUUACUUCUUCAUCCACUAUCAAUUUUGAAUGAAUUAUUUCCUUAUGACAGGAUGCAUUAUAUCAUGAGAUUAGAUAAGUGAGGAGCAGGACAUGACAGUUCUGUAUUUGGAAUUUUAUAGUAACCGAUUCAGAGAAUGUUCAAUUAUGUAAAACAAAACAUAACACUACAAAGAAGCAACCUGGAAUAAUGUGGUUUCUGUCAGUGCUCAGCAUUCUUUACAGAAAAUUGAUCAAAUAUUUUGAUGGAUCAUGAUACAUACAGUAACAUAUUUCCAUACAUGGAAAGAGCUGAAAAUGUAAGGAAGAGAUGGAGUAUAUAUGUGGACAGAAUGGGCACAUUCAGAUUUUUAGGCUCUACAAAUGGAAUGAAGGAAUAUUAUGAGUGACUUCAUUUAAAAAAAAAAAAAAUUUACUGAAGACGUCUACUGGAGCAGAUAAAGAUGAAUUUUAAGUUCUAAGUGCAAUAUUUCAAAGGCCCAGGUUUUCUGUUCAAUGUGAAAUUGUGCUCUUUUUACAAUUCCCUUAUACAUUCUUGCUUGCUGCCUAUUAUUGCAGUAUUAUUUAACAGACCAGGAUAUAGAAUGUAAUUUUCCAUUACAAGUUGUUUUUUUUUUUCUUUUCUUUCUCAUUAUUUCCCCAAUUUAAUUCCCGAUGUGCACAUAUAUAAUCUGCAUACUGUAUGCUUGUUAUGUAGUUCUGAGCACUGAAAAACUGAAUGCACCUUGGGCCGCAUGUUACUAAUGCAGAUGACUGUUGAAUUAAUUUCCUAAUCAAUAAUGAUGGCUUUUGGGUGCGAGUGCCUUUGAUUUUUCAAUGCUGGAAUGGACAUUGGGAAAUCCAGCCUCCGAGAUAAAAGACUCAGGUCUGUGAUGUGAUUCAUCAGCUAUUUUCCUUUCCUGCUUCUUUGAUUGUCAGCAGUGAAGAAAGUAGGAGCAACAUAUACAGGUGAUGGACCACGCACCUCACAAAAAACAAGCACUGCAUCUAUGUUUGGUGGGUUAUUGUUGUUGCUACUGAGGAUGAAGUGUGAAGUGUAAUUCUGCAGCAAUGUACAGGACAACUGCUUUCCCUCAUCGUUCAUUCAUAUUUCUGAUAACCAUUUGGGGAAAAAAGCUACCUGACUGUCCUUGUGUUCUGGUGUUACUGUAAUAUUUCUUUAAAUAAAAGAUCUGAGCAGUGUGU